CUCAAGACGAGCUUAAGUACGGGACAAACUUUGAAAGAACUCCACAGCGGCAGAACCGAGCAGGCCAGCUCUGCGUAGCCUACGUGUUUCCAAAUAACAUGACCUGCAGCUGUUUUUGGUAGAUUUAUCUCCUGUAACUGUACUUUUCAGAAACCCAAGCGUAUAUGAAAAGAACCGGACCAAAGCAGAGAUGGAGGCUCAAAGCGACAUGGUUACAUCUCGUCUAGACCCGAAGCUCUUACAAGAUGACAGGCUUUUGGAAAGCUUGCUUGACAUCGAGGAACACUUUAUUCCUCACCUUCCCUAUUUUAAGAUCGUCCAAAAUGAAGUUGAACCAUUUAUGCGGAGAAUGCUUACACAUUGGAUGCUCGAGGUUUGUGAGAAGAGGUGUGAAGAGGGAGUGCUUGCGCUGGCUGUGAACUACCUGGACAGGUUCUUAGCCCUGGUGAGCACGCGGAAGGCUGACCUGCAGCUCCUGGGCGCGGUGUGCUUGUUCCUGGCCUCCAAGCUGAAGGAGGCGCGGCCGCUGAGCGCGGUCGAGCUCUGCGGCUACACGGACGACGCCAUCGCGACGCAGGAGCUGCUGCAGUGGGAGCUGGUGGUGGUGGAGAAGCUGAAGUGGGACCUGGCUGCCAUCGUGCCGCACGACUUCAUCGAGCCGCUGGUGACCAGGCUCCGGCUCCCCGCCGAGGAGCUGCCUCAGGUCCGGCAGCACGUUCAGGCCCUCCUGGGCCUCUGCGUCACAGACUUCAGCUUCGCCAUGUACCCCCCCUCCAUGAUCGCCAGCGCCAGCGUCGGGGUGGCCGUCAGGGACCUGCGGCUGCGCGGCUCGGACCAGGCGCCGCCCGCCGACGAACUGCUCCCCCUGCUGGCCGUCCUGAUCCACACAGAGACGGACUGCCUGUCGGCCUGCCAGGAGCAGAUGGAGAGGCUCCUGGCGGGCUGUCCGCAGGAGGGGCGUCAGCUGCCCCACACCAAGGGCCCGGACCCCCAGGACCUCUCCUGCACCCCCACUGAUGUCCAGGAUGUUCACCUGUGAUUCCUGUUAGAUUAUCUCUUUUUUUAUUUAUUGAUAUUUUGUUUGCUCACUGUUUUUUUUUUUUAUUGCACAUGCAUUAAUAUAGUUUAACAUUAUAGGAAGAAUAUGAUUUAAAAAAAACCUGUCCCUGAUAAGGUUUCAACAUGCAAUUGCACUGGCCUAUGCUUUGAUUUGAGUUCCCAUUCAAACAGUUGUUAUUACAGUAUUAUUAUUAAUAUUAUAAUUUUUAAUAUAUUAUAUACUAUUUUAUUAUAUUAUAUUAUUUCAGGGAAUUGUGAGAUAAGACCAAAUGGGGUAGAAUGCUUUAAUGUCUGAUUUGUAGUACAACGAUGUUCUCCUGCUUACUAUUAAUACUUAUAUGUGAG